AUGACGUCGGCCUAUGUCUUUCCCGAGCGCCACGAGCUACAAGCCCUCUCCAUGCUUCCCCUCAACGUAGUAAGACGAUUGCCUUUAUUCGUGACCAAAGGCUCCACGAGCACCGUCCCUCACUCGUGCGUUUUGUACAUUCGGCAGCGAACUACGGGCCAGCUGGAUAUUGUCAUUGACCGCCCCGACGAGGAGGAUCUUGAACAAGCACGCUCUAUUCUUAAUGAAAUCAUCACCGAGGGGACCACCUAUCCCUAUUUGGCACCGUUGGAUCAGGACGGCUUUCGUGGCUAUUUUCUCAGCCAUGACGCAUUUGUCGCCAAACACGCCGGUCAAGUGGUAGGUAUCUUCUAUAUCAAACCCAACUUCCCGGGUCGAUGCGCACACAUUUGCAAUGCUGGGUUUUGUGUGCCCGAGACCCAUCGGCGAAAGGGUGUGGCACGUGCAAUGGCACAGGCUUACUUGCAGCUGGCACCUCAGCUUGGCUACCACGCGAGCAUGUUUAACCUGGUGCGCGCGCCGCGACACUCGCUGCCGGUCUUGUAG